ACCACCAGCAUGGACUAGGUGCUUGCCACAGGCUCUGCCCUCAGACUGGAAACAGAGGGAAGGGGAGGAGCCAGCACUGUUUAAAAGGUUGGAGCCUGGCAGCUGCUCACUCUAUCACUGCACAGUGAGUUCCCGUGAAUUCCCAGAACUAAGAAGAAAUCAAAGAUGGUUCUUAGCACAGAAGAAACUCUCCAUAUGGUCUGUGAUGGAUGAAGAUCUCAUUUUUAUGGUAUGGGAUAGCAAUGACUCUGUGAACAACCUCUGCAGGCAGUAUGAGGAGAAGGUGCGGCCCUGCAUCGACCUCAUCGACUCCCUGCGGGCCCUGGGUGUGGAGCAGGACCUGGCCCUGCCCGCCAUCGCAGUCAUCGGGGACCAGAGCUCAGGGAAGAGCUCUGUGUUGGAAGCACUGUCCGGAGUGGCCCUCCCCAGAGGCAGUGGUAUUGUCACCAGAUGCCCUCUGGUGCUGAAAUUGAGGAAGCUGGAGCAGGGAGAGCAGUGGAAAGGCAAAGUCACCUAUGAAGACAAUGAAUUGAAGCUCUCUGAUCCCUCAGAGGUGGAAGAUGCCAUCAACAAAGCCCAGAACUUAAUUGCUGGGAUAGGGCUGGGGAUCAGUGAUAAACUCAUUAGCCUGGAUGUCAGCUCCCCGAGUGUUCCAGACCUGACCCUGAUUGACCUGCCUGGGAUCACCAGGGUGGCUGUCGGCAACCAGCCUGCAGACAUUGGACACCAGAUCAAGAGGCUCAUCAAGAAAUACAUCCAGAAACAGGAGACCAUCAACCUGGUGGUGGUCCCCAGUAAUGUGGACAUUGCCACCACCGAGGCACUGAGCAUGGCUCAGGAGGUGGACCCUGAAGGGGACAGGACCAUAGGGAUCUUGACCAAGCCUGAUCUGGUGGACAGAGGUACUGAAGACAAGGUCGUUGAUGUGGUGCGGAACCUGGUGUACCACUUGAAGAAGGGCUACAUGGUAGUCAAGUGCAGGGGUCAGCAGGACAUCCAGGAGCAGCUGAGCCUGACUGAGGCUCUUGAGAAGGAGCAAGCCUUCUUCCAGGAUCACCCACACUUCAGAGUUCUUCUGGAGGAUGGGAAGGCCACAGUGCCCUAUCUGGCAGAGAGACUGACCACGGAGCUCAUCUCACACAUUUGUAAAUCUCUGCCUUUGUUAGAAAACCAAAUAAAGAACUGUUACCAGAGUGCGAGCGAGGAGCUGCAGAAGUAUGGCGCAGACAUACCAGAAGAUGACAAUGAGAAAACUUUCUUCCUGAUAGAAAAAAUCAACACUUUUAACCAGGACAUCACUGCCAUAGUACAAGGGGAGGAGAAUGUGGGGGAGGGAGAAUGUCGCCUGUUCACCAAGAUCCGAGACCAGUUCUUGUUAUGGAGUAAGGAGAUUGAAGAUAAUUUCCAAAGCGGUUAUGAUGUUUUAUAUAAAGAAGUCUGGAAAUUUGAAAAGCAGUAUCGAGGCCGAGAGCUGCCAGGGUUUGUGAACUACAAAACAUUUGAGAACAUCAUAAGACGCCAAAUCAAAGUCCUGGAAGAGCCAGCUGUAGAAAUGCUGCACAGGGUCACUGAAAUGGUACGAGAAGCCUUCACCAGUGUUUCUGAAAAAAAUUUUGAUGAGUUUUUUAACCUCCACAGAACUACCAAGUCCAAACUUGAAGACCUCAGGCUAGAACAAGAAAUGGAAGCAGAGAAGAUGAUCCGACUUCACUUUCAGAUGGAGCAGAUCAUCUACUGCCAGGACCAAGUUUACAGGGGAGCCUUGCAAAAGGUCAGACAGAAGGAAACUGAAGAGGAGAACAACACAAAGUCAAGCUCCUUCAGUUCCUCUAAGUCUGAAGCUUUGCAGAACUCAUCCAUGGCUGAGAUCUUUCAGCACCUGAAUGCCUACCGCCAGGAAGCUCACAACCGCAUCUCCAGCCACAUACCUUUGAUCAUCCAGUAUUUCAUCCUGAAAAUGUUUGCUGAUCAGCUGCAGAAAGGCAUGCUUCAGCUCCUGCAGGAAAAGGAUUCCUGCAGCUGGCUCCUGAAGGAACGCAAUGACACCAGUGAGAAGAGGAAGUUCCUGAAGGAGCGGUUGUCAAGGCUGGCUCAGGCUCGCCGCCGGCUAGCCAAAUUUCCUGGUUAAGCUGGCUCUGUCCUUCCUUGUGUCUCCUGGACAGUGCUUCAGGGAUAGCAGGUCUCCUGCCUUUCCUGGUAGCUAUCAUACCACCCUUUAGCCUCUGACCUGGUAUUGGUGUUAGCAAUCAGCAGCAAAGCGGAGCUCUCUGCUCACUCUGAGAGAUGAAGGGGAAGAGGCUCUCAAAACAUAGGACAUAGAUGGGUAGGUAGUGCCAAUUUUCUGAUAUGAUGAUGGCUUCACUCUCAGAACCUUUCCCACCUUGGCCUCUACCCUGUUUUUAUGCAUCCUACUGUCAGGAGGGAGCUACCUACUGCAUCCCUAAUAAACCACUUUUGACACUU